CCGCAGUGCCUGUCAAUAUAUAAUAUCGUAUAAAUACUAGUCACCAUAGUCACAUCGUGGAUGAGUUUAGCACAUGGCUUCUAUUGUAAGAUUGCAAUGUGUCGUUCAGGUUCAGUGUCGUGUUUAAGAAAUUAAUUAAAUUACGUUUCGGUGCGUGCGGUUUUUCUCAAUAAUUAUAUUUUGCUGUGAUUUGUAUAAUUUGUGAAUACAAUAUAUGUAUUACCAUAUGUGAAUUGAGAGAAAUUGCCACAUUCACUUAUUUCGUCAACGCCAUUUUGCUAUUAAUUGGAAAAGUUUGGAAUAAUAUAUUCCUUGUUCUUAGAGGUAUUUUGCUUAUAUUAAAUAACCAAAAUGUCUAAUGAGGAGACAUCCGCUGAUCGUAAUGUUGAAAUUUGGAAAAUUAAGAAACUCAUUAAAAGUCUUGAAAUGGCACGAGGGAAUGGAACGAGUAUGAUAUCCCUAAUAAUUCCUCCUAAAGAUCAAAUAUCGCGAGUUAGUAAAAUGUUAGCUGAUGAGUUUGGAACUGCCUCAAAUAUUAAAUCAAGAGUGAAUCGAUUAUCUGUUUUAGGUGCUAUCACUUCUGUUCAGCAAAGGCUGAAAUUGUAUACUAAAGUUCCCCCAAAUGGUUUGGUCAUUUAUUGUGGAACAAUAGUUACUGAAGAAGGCAAAGAAAAGAAAGUGAAUAUAGAUUUUGAGCCAUUUAAACCCAUUAAUACUUCGUUAUACUUAUGUGAUAACAAAUUCCACACUGAAGCGCUAACAGCUCUCUUGGCAGAUGACAACAAAUUUGGGUUUAUAGUUAUGGAUGGUAAUGGUGCCCUUUUUGGAACAUUGCAAGGAAAUACUAGAGAAGUUUUGCAUAAAUUUACAGUGGAUCUUCCAAAAAAACAUGGUAGAGGAGGUCAGUCUGCGUUGCGUUUUGCUCGUCUUCGUAUGGAAAAGCGACAUAACUAUGUCAGAAAAGUUAUCAUCAUAAAAAAAAAUAUUAUAAGAUUUUGCAUUUUGCAGAGAUUACAAGCUAAGAUUAUCAAAUUGGUUGAUGUUUCCUAUGGUGGAGAGAAUGGAUUUAAUCAAGCUAUUGAACUAGCAGCAGAAUCUUUACAAAAUGUAAAAUUCAUUCAGGAAAAAAAACUUAUUGGAAGGUACUUUGAUGAAAUAUCUCAAGACACAGGGAAAUAUUGCUUUGGUGUAGAGGAUACAUUGAGGGCACUUGAACUUGGAUCUGUAGAAACGUUAAUUUGUUGGGAAAAUUUAGAUAUCCAAAGAUAUGUCCUUAAAAAUCACACAAGUGCAGUGGAGACGACGGUCUUGCACUUAACGCCAGAACAAGAGAAAGAUAAAAGCCAUUUUACAGAUAAAGAUAGUGGUGUAGAAUUGGAAUUAGUGGAUUCUCAACCGUUACUUGAGUGGCUUGCCAAUAAUUACAAAAGUUUUGGUGCGACUUUAGAAAUUAUUACUGAUAAAUCACAGGAGGGUAGUCAAUUUGUUCCGGGUUUUGGUGGAAUUGGAGGUUGUUUGCGCUAUAAAGUAGAUUUCCAGAGCAUGCAACUUGAUGAUUUGGAUAUGAAUGAUGCCUAUGACUUGGAUGAUUACUGAUUCUAUAUGGAGAUAUUGCAAGAUUCCUUUUUUAUACAAAUAUCUUUAAAUUAGAGACAUUGCUAUGAUUAGAUUAAAUUAAGUUGACGGAGUUAUAUCGCAAUUCUUUUUAAAGUUGACAUAGACAAUUGCUUUUGCAAUUGCAACUAUGUAUAGUGAAGUUCGUGGUUGCAAUUUGUUUUAGAAUUAUGAAUGUCAGUAUUGUAUGAAGUUGUUCUGUAAAUUUCUUAUUUAUGAUUCAGUGAUUCAACAUACUGAGUAAAAUAUAAUUUGAAAUCACUCCACCUUCAGAAAUGAUUUCAU